CUGCUUAACCCAUUCCACGAGCCGAGCUAAACCCCUUCCCUAGACGGCUGAAGAAACCUGCUUCCCACCAAUCCUCGUAUCUAAGGCGUAUCUCAAUGCGCUCGGGGCACCUCGUCUCGCAAUGGGAAGGCUCGAGCCCCUGACGUCCCUCGCGCUGGGGCGCAGCCGAUACGACGACGACGAUGUCGUUUUAGGCGAAGGCGAGGUGGACCCGCGCGAGCCUGAGAAAGAGUACGACAGGAAAGGGCGGGUGAUAAACCCCCGGACUAAGGAUACCAUCAAGGGCCUUAUUCGCGCCCACAAUGAGGUUAUGCAAGUCAUCGGCGUUGCUGAACCCGAUAGCACCAGUAUCAGCGUCGAUGACCUGGCGUCAGCGAAACAGUACCACGAGUAUGAGAGCGAUACCGGCCGGGGCCUGUAUCAGCUAGGCACCUCUCUCGGGAUAUUAGGCACCUGGGGGAUUAUCAACAUACGGCGACGGAUUAUGGUCUAUAAGAGGCGUGCGGAUGUCUCCUUUUUCCAGCUCCUACGAUCGGAACGCAACAGUCACUCCCUAUUACAGCUUCAUCUUGCAGGCUACCCGUCCCACGCCGCCAUGCACGCGCUGCGCUGGACCUCGAGAUACUUGAAUAGAUAUACGAAUAACAGGAAUCCGUGGCUCCGCGGCGGUAUCGAAUAUGUCCGGUUCCAUCUGCAUUUAUUCCUCACCAUGCAGCGAUUAGACUUAAUACCCGCAUCCCAGCUAUUCCCUGGUAUCAAAUUUUUCAUCCCAUUUUCCAGCUCGUCGCCAUUUGCCGCACCGCCUGCGCCCGAGUCACUGGGUGUUGCAGGUGCUCUUGGCUGGCUUAGCCAGCUUGUCGCAAACAUGGCACCCUACGCUACAUUUUAUGUUUGUGGCUGCGUAUGGCAGACAGCCUGUUCCGCCUUAAGAUCUUUCAUACGGAGGCGCCUCCCACACCCUAUAUCCAGCUCGCCGGCAACCAGCCGGGUGCCGCCGCCGCCGCCCUCGAAUCCCACCGAGAGGCAAACUGUCCCAGAAUCGCCAACGCUUGGGGCAGCCGACCGCGAGAUCAGGCAUCAAAGUCCGGAAGCAGGUGCUCCAACUUCAUUGGCUCUUGACAUUCAGUCCAGCGGUGAAACCAUCCCGGUCGGGUCGAUCAGAAGGCAGAGCACCUUCUCAAACCGGGCCGGUGAAGACUACGGAACUGACGAGGAAGAUUCCGAAAUGAUCAACCCGACACUCAUUAGCUUCGACGUGGACACCAGUGAAUCUACCGAACCCCCCACCGGAGUCUGGUCUGCUGAGCUACGGCCGAGUUUUGGGGGCGAUUCUCGACAGCUGCCCAAAGAGGCACCCAAGUAUCUCGUGACCCCACUGACCAGCCUUCCCAGUGUACUUGCGUCGGACAUAAUCGCCGACUUUGUCAUAAAUAUCAUCUCAAUACCCCUGGAUGCCUACGCAUUCCCGACCGUGGCAAGAGCCCUUGCACGCAGAAGGGACAUUGCUCACGGCGACAUGUUCGACGAGAGUUUCCUGAAAAGCAUAACAUGGCAGGGGCUCUUGAACAUCAUCCAAUUGGAUAUAAUUCGCCUCUUCAUCUCCGGAGAGGUGUGGGCACUCGCCACCGUGUUGUCGCAGUGGCUACAUGUCACCGAGGAAGAAUGGAGAAUCAUCAAGGAGGAUGGCUCAGAAGACUCUGCCUGACGGCAUGCGGAGGAGCACUUUGAACCUGAGUAGAUACUAGCAAUGUAAAAUAUGAACGAACUCCGAUGGUAGGACUGCCAGUUAUCGGAGCUUGGGGAAAGACUUUAGUGACAAUGAUCGCGCGGACGGCCACAAAUAAUACCGUGCCCGCAGGAAAGAGACUCGUGUCACCUAUGAUCUUCAGUGGCCAC